AUGUCAAGAAUUGAAAGUGAGUUAGAUACUGCCCCAUCAAUAUUUGAACUAUUUAAUUCAGCAAAAAAAUUGCUUUCUUUGCAGACCAGAGUCGAGAAUAGACAGUUACGAAAGGAUUGUUAUAACGUCCAGAAGAACCAAGUAAUGGCCGACUACAACGACCUUAACAACAACGACAACAAGUUUCUCGACUUGUUGUCACCGCUUUCGAUAGAUGACUUGAAAAGCAGCCCUCAAUAUGGACAAAGACAUGGCCGAACAAAUGAAACCCGAAACGGUAGUAUUUCUGGACAUGAAAGUAGAAGAGGAAAUAGCAAUAUGCAGAUUGACAUUACGCCAUCUAGUAUUAAUGAUUCGCCCUAUAGCGGAAUUACAGAUGUGAAGGCUACACCGUGGACCAACAAUAAGGGUCCUACUGUUAUUAAAAAAGAGCCAACUACCACAGUUUCUAAUAUCCAAAUAUCAUCUUCGACCUUACCACUGGAUCCUCAGCCAGUAAAUACCAUCAAACCUAUGAAUAAAAUACCGAUGGCAAAGCCAUUACCCAAAUCAAACCUUACAUCGUCAUUAUCACAGCAACGACAAGAAGAAAAGCUGACGGCUGUAAAACCAGCCGAAGCUAGUGCUACUAAUGAUGAAACAAAGCAAACUGAAUGUUUUAAUUGUCAUGCCUUGAAGACUCCAUUAUGGAGGAAAGAUCCGCAAGGCAAGACCUUGUGUAAUGCGUGUGGGUUAUUUCUCAAGUUGCAUGGUACGACAAGACCAUUAAGUUUAAAGACGGAUGUUAUCAAGAAAAGAAGUUCUAGGAGGUCGCCAGCUACAAAUAAAGCUGCGAAUUUGAAUUCCACCUAUUCAAGUAGCUUGUCGAGGCAAAAUGCAAACCAAGAUCAAUUAUCUAACAAUAGAAAUAUCAAGAAUGGGUCUAUACCGAUCAGCUCACAAAGCAAUUCGUUUGCAUCACCAAAUUCCGCUCCAUCAUCAGCAAACAACGGGUCAUUAACUUCUGGCGGAAUUCCUAUUGGUAGCAGUGGCUCACGUUAUAAGAAUGUGUUGAUAUUGCCAAAGCCAUUAGCACCAAAUACCCCAAAUACCCCAAAUACUCUGUCUAAUCAAAUGAGUUUGAGUACUAAAUCGAUCCCAACCCCCAAUAACUCCUUCUUGAACAAUGAUAAUUUCAAUAGCCCUGCAUCACCUAUAGUUAACAACUCAUUUAGUGGUCUGUUUAACGGCAGCAACAAUAACCAAGCACAGGCAUUUAAGAGGAAAAAGGCAGAGAAUGGUAAUGAACAAUUUUCAGCAAAUAAUGAAUCGAUAUCCAAAAAGAUACCCACGCAAAUGCCACAAACGAAUCAAACAGUCAAGCGGAAUACCUCCAUAUCAUCAUCUUUCCAAUCGUCUUCAUUCAAUAAGCGGACAUCCUUUACGAGCUUAUCUUCACUCCAAAGAAAAAAUUCAUCCAUAGGAUUGAGUAAUUCGUUGAGCAACAUUAAUAUCAACGGAAACCAAAUUCAGAACCAAAACGAUAGUCCGGCCCAAAAUUUUAAUUCUUCUAGUUUCACAGGUACUAAUUCCUUAACGCCUUCUAACAUUAAUAUCUUAAAUCAGCGUUUUACCCAGAAUAACAACGGUGGCUAUUUUGACAAUUCGUCAUCGUUUCCUCGCAGAAGCAGUAAUUCUGGGCUUGCAGAAACACCUGGAUCUGUCGCCUCACAAUCGUCGUUCAGCAGCAGCCAUUUACACUCUAAUCGUCAAUCAUUUACUGUCCCAUCCGAUUUCGCCAACUUCAAUACGGUGAAAACUCCCACCGAGUUCGUUCCCGAGUCCUUACCGUCUACAACUAUCCCGGAGAACGAUGACAUGGACACAGACGACUUUUUCAAAAACUACACCGAGUUGCAUAAUAACGAUAAUGAAGUGUAUGAGUUUGACAUGAAUAACGAACGAAUGGGUAGCCGGUACGAAAUCAAACCAACUGCGUUCACCAAGUCGUCGUUAACGGAUGGGUUAAAAAAUCAACCCCAACCUGAUCGCCAAUCUCCCAUUCUUUCGCAGCCUGAUCAUCAGACCAACGUGGCUAAAGACUUGGAUUGGUUGAAAUUUGACCUUUAA